AGGCGUUCCUUUUCAAAUUUCCGCAUUUUGAGCAAGGCACAGUAAAAACAUUAGAGACAACACAGUGAGAAACAAUUAACGAAUAGUAUCCGACCAUGUCACGGUUUCUUCUGAGAGCAAACCUGCGGAGAAGCAUCUUCACUCAGAUGAACGUUAGAAUGGCAUCUGAACAGCUUGGUGAGUUGGGCACGGGAGCAGGCAAAGGUGGAGGUGGAGGAGGCUCUGUGAGGGAAGCAGGGGGAGCGUUCGGAAAGCGACAGGUGGCAGAGGAGGAGCGCUAUUUCAGGCAGAAGGAGAAGGAGCAGAUGGAGGCGCUGAGGAAGCACCACACGGAGGAGAUAGAGCACCAUAAGAAAGAGAUUGAGCGCCUGCAGAAAGAAAUCGACCGCCACAAGGGCAAAAUCAGGAAGCUGAAACACGAUGACUAAAGCUGGGAAGACUGUUCUCUGAGAGUCCGCCCAUCCCAUUUGCCAAGUCCAAUAAUGAUCAUAUAUUGAAUGAUUUAACCGCUUAUCAAGGCAGGUCCUGUAUGAAAUUUCAUACUGAAUUCACAGAUGCUAAUAUGAAAAUAAAGUGCUUAAUUUUGCAACAUG